ACCGCCCCCUCUGCCCAGGGACAGCCGGUUCCGGGCCGCGCUCCCUCCCCGCCGGGGCGCCCUCCCCUCCGGGGGUCCCGGUCCCCAAGGUGGUCGCGGCUACGGCAUCCUCAGGCCAGGCCGCGGGGGGAGGGGGCGGCCUGGAGGCCGUGGCGGGGUCAGCACGGGCCACCGAAAGCAGGGCCGUGGAGCCCAGGGAGUCGGGGAAGGCUCCUGUGACGUUUGAUGACAUCACGGUGUAUUUGCUUCAGGAGGAGUGGAUGCUGCUGAGUCAGCAACAGAAGGAGAUCUGUGGUUCUGAUGAGCUGGCGGCACCACUGGGACCAACUAUUGCCAACCCAGAGCUGUUCUAUAAAUUUGAGCGAGGGCCAGAGCAGUGGCUAGCCAAGGUCCAGGGCCAGAGGAGUCUCUUGAGCCUCCACCGAGGAAAAAACAAGAUGGGCUUCAUGGAAGAAAUGGACAUGCAAAGUCCCGCCAGAGAAGCUGGACUCUACCUGCCUCCUCAGAAGAAAGCCUGUCCUUCGCAUUUCAGCUCAGAGGGUGGCAGCCUCCAGGGAGACUGCACAGGAAGGAGCAGAAAACCCUUGAGACCCCGGUCCAUCCAGAAGGCAUGGUUUGCGCAGUUCCCGUGGUUGGUCAUGAACGAGGAGCGGACGGCUCUCUUUUGCUCGGCUUGCCGGGAGUACCCAUCCGUCAGAGACAAACGGUCAAGGUUAAUAGAAGGUUACACAGGACCAUUCAAGGUGGAGACUCUCAAAUACCACGCCAAGAGCAAGGCCCACGUGCUCUGUGCCAAGGCCUUGGCAGCUCGGGACCCCAGCUGGGCAGCCCGUUUCCGGAGCAUCCACGAUGUGUCCAAAGAGGUGCUGGCCAGUCCGGGACACCUCUUCACUGCAGAUUACCCCAUACGUUACCCCCCAGGGCCUCAGGGGAUCUAUGAUAACAUGGUCCAGCUCCUGCCCAGCUCGAGAGCUGCACUGGAGGACCCUGGAGGGCGUGGAGCAAUUCCUGCAUUGUACCUAGACUGCAUUCCUGAUUUCAGGCAAAAAGAAAUUGCUGAUGACAUCCGCAGCUCCUCAGACGUUAACAUUUUGUGUAAUGACUCACCUGAACCCCGUGGCCAGGAUCCUUCUGAAGAGGGGCUGUUUGAGGAGGUUCCCGUGGUGUUUGAGGAUGUGGCGGUGUAUUUCACCCGGGAGGAGUGGGGCACGCUAGACAAGCGGCAGAAGGAGCUGUACAGAGACGUGAUGCGGAUGAAUUAUGAGCUGUUGGCAUCCCUGGGGCCUGCUGCUGCCAAACCAGCCUUGAUCUCAAAACUGGAGCGGAGAGCUGCACCCUGGAUCCAGGACCCGAACGGGCCAAAGUGGAGGAAAGGCCGUCCUCCAGGGAAGAAGACGACGGUGGCCAUUAGAGAGGCACACACACAGGCCUCGGCUGAAGAAUCUGCACUGCUCCCAGCUCCUGCCAUGGAGACGUGCACCUCCUACCGCAAUCCCAGCCUUUGUGAAGUAGAAGCAGAUGGACGGAGGAAAAUCAAGAGGACUUACAGACCCCGCUCAAUUCAGAGGUCGUGGUUUGGGCAGUUCCCAUGGUUAGUAAUUGACCCCAAAGAGACCAAGCUCUUCUGCUCAGCUUGCAAAGAAAGACCUAGUCUCCACGACAAAUCAUCCCGGUUAGUCCGAGGUUACACGGGUCCUUUUAAAGUGGAGACUUUAAAGUACCAUGAAGUCAGCAAAGCACACAAGCUCUGUGUCAACACCGUGGAAGUCAAGGAAGACACCCCACAGGCCGCCCUCGUCCCCGAGAUCUCCAGUGACCUGAUGGCCGACAUGGAGCACUUUUUCAAUGCCGCCUAUUCCAUCGCGUACCACUCGAGGCCCCUGAACGACUUUGAGAAGAUCCUGCAACUCCUCCAAAGCACUGGGACCGUGAUUUUGGGCAAGUACCGAAAUCGCACCGCCUGCACUCAGUUCAUCAAAUACAUCUCCGAGACUCUGAAGAAGGAGAUCCUUGAGGAUGUCCGGAACUCCCCGUGUGUGAGCGUGCUGCUGGACAGCGCCACAGACACCUCCGACCAGUCCUGUGUGGGCAUUUACAUCCGCUACUUUAAGGGGAUGGAGGUGAAGGAGUCUUACAUCACUCUGGCCCCACUCUACAGCGAGACGGUGGAUGGAUACUUUGAGACCAUCAUCUCUGCCCUGGACGAACUGGACAUCCCCUUCCGGAAGCCUGGCUGGGUAGUGGGCCUGGGAACCGAUGGCUCAACCAUGCUGAGCUGCAGAGGAGGUCUGGUGGAGAAGCUCCAGGAGAUCAUCCCCCAGCUGCUGCCGGUGCAUUGUGUGGCCCACCGGCUACACCUGGCCGUGGUUGACGCCUGUGGAGGCAUCGACCUGGUCAAGAAGUGUGACCGGCACAUCCGAACCGUCUUCAAGUUCUAUCAGUCCUCGAACAAAAGGCUGAAUGAGCUGCAGGAAGGCGCGGCCCCGCUGGAGCAGGAAAUCAUCCGCCUGAAGGACCUGAACGCUGUCAGGUGGGUGGCCAGCAAGAGGCGCACGCUGAGUGCGCUCAUCGUGAGCUGGCCCGCCCUGGCCAGGCACCUGCAGAGCGUGGCGGAAGCAGGCGGCCAGGCCGGGCACAGGGCCAAGGGCGUGCUGAAGCUGAUGAAGGGCUUCCACUUCGUCAAGUUCUGCCACUUCCUCUUGGACUUCCUGAGCACCUGCCGGCCGUUGUCCGAGGUGUGCCAGAAGGAGGCGGCGCUGAUUACGGAGGUGAAGUCCGCGCUGGGCCGGGCCUGUGCAGCACUGGGCACCCUCCGCCACCGGGCAGGGCCCGGAGAGGAGGCGUUCAAUGCCGGCUUCAGGGAUGGGCGGCUCCACGGCAUCUUCUUGGACAGAAUGGAGAUGGCAGAACAGCGGUUCCAGGCGGACAGGGAGCGAAUGAUCCUGACUGGGAUUGAAUACCUCCAGCAAAGGUUUGACGUGGACCGUCCCCCUCAGCUCAAGAACAUGGAGGUGUUUGACGCCAUGGCCUGGCCAAGUGGGAUGGAACUGGCCGGUUUUGGGAAUGAUGAUAUUCUUGCCCUGGCCAGAUAUUUUGAACUCUCACUGCCCCCAGGAUACAGCGAGGAAGCACUGCUGGAGGAGUGGCUGGGCCUGAAAGCCAUCGCCAAGAACUUGCCAUUCUCCAUGCUGUACAGGAACGCCCUGGCCCAGGACUGCCGCUUCCCCCUGCUCAGCAGGCUCGUGGCAGUGGUGGUCUGUGUGCCCGUCUCCACCUCCUGCUGUGAGCGCGGGUUCAGUGCCAUGAACCGGAUCAGGACCGAUGAGAGGACCAAGCUCUCCAACGAGGUGAUCAACAUGCUCAUGAUGACAGCGGUGAAUGGUGUGGCGGUCGCAGAGUACAACCCCCAGCCCGCCAUCCAGCACUGGUACCUGACCUCCUCGGGUCGGCGUUUCAACCACGUCUACACCUGUGCCCAAGUGCCACCCCACUCCCACACAAGGGCGGGGCUCAGGAAGGAGAAGAUGGGAGCGCUCCGUGUGGAGGAGGCCGUGACCCAGAAGCCGCCCAUCCCGUCCUACAGGGAACCCAUGGAGGUCCUGACGGACUGCGUCCUAGAGCCGUGCCACGGACUCCUGUGUCCCCACCCCAGCCAAGAGGCCCUGGGCUGUCCUGAUAAAGCGCUCCUUGGCAGUAGAGAAGCCAAGUGCCUGCUGGUGCCCCAGCUGCCACAGGACUGAUGGAUGACAGCGCCUCCAGCUCUGAAAGAUGGCCCUCAGGCUGCAGAGUGGACUUGGCUGCCUUCAGCCCUUGUCCUUGUCCCUUGCCACCCAAGUCCUUAUUACGGGAAGAGGUGCUCUCUCAACGUGCCCUCAGCAUAAUGGUCUAGUCCACUCUUCCCAAAGUUGCUCUGGGGACCAGCUUGGGAAUCACUAGGGGUGUCUGUUUAAAUCUGUUUCGCCCCAGACCCACCUGAUCAGAUCCCCGGGACUGUUUCCAGCAAGGCCCUCCAGGAACUUUGUGGGCUCACUCAGCAUGAGAACCACCACCCUGGCGGCAGAGAAGGGUGUCCCACGCUAUUUGGUUCCCGUUUCCCUCCCUGCAUCAGCCCAUCUCCUCUUCCACCCGGAAGUAAAGCACUUUUCCUUCCAGGGCAGCUGCUUUGGGCAGGUUCCUAGGCUGCUCAUCCGGCUGAGGACGAUGUAGUGUCUGGGUCCCACCUUCCUAACCACAGGUGGGAAACGAGGGGAGGUUAGAGGGAAGGGCUUCUUUGCCGCUGCCUUUCUCUUGUUUUAGACGGGCAGGAAGUAGUGCUCCGUCCUGGCCAUGCUGCCUGGCCCUAGGUGGGGUCCCUGCUCUGUGAUGCAGGUCCAAGUGGCCUGGCCCUCAAGCAGCCAUCUGUCCACUUCCCACUCCUAGAAGGUGCCGAGAGCCCCUGAGAUGCUGGUAGCGAGUGUCUCACUGUCUGGCAGAACCCCUGCUUCCCAGUGUCUCUGACUCUCCCUUCCCAGCACCCCACCCUUAGCACUUAGCCUUAGCGCCAUCGCUUUCCUGUUUUCUUCAGCUUCGAGCCAGGAAUUCUGUUUUCGCUUUCUGCCGUUUCACCUGUGGCACUGUCUCCCUGACAGCCCCGUGUUCUGGGGGCUGAGGUGUACCACGGGCCCUUAGAGCUUGAACCCUGGCGGUGUUAAUCCACAUGGCCAAGAUGGAGCCCAGGCCUCCCUCCCCCAUUCGCAUAGGUCACCGUGGGGAGUUCAGGAAUCUGCACUAGGCCAGGCACCGCGGGUAUGAGUUGGUGGGAUGGAAGGGAGGAGGGCCCGUUAAAGUGGGCCCCCCCCACCCUAUCCAUAGCGAUUCAGAUUGAGGUGACUUUCUCGUAGGCAUCCUCCCCAUGGCACCUUCUGUCCUUUAAGAAUCCUCAGAGCAAGAGGCUAGUCCUGCGAGCAGCGCCGUGCCUGAGUGCCACACGCACGAUUCCCUGUGCGAGUCUAGUCGUGGAGGUGGAGGCCAGCUAGGGACGCCCCAGCCUCUCCACAUCUGUGCUCUGAGGAAGCCUCCGAUGCCAGCUCGUGAGAAACUUGGGCCCCUUGGCGGCGGGGGCGGGGGGUGACUGAAAAUGCUAUUUGUCACAGGGAUUUGCACUACCCGCUUUCUCGAGGGGCACAGGCAUGCCCUGGGUCCCCUCUGUUCGCUAAUGGCAGAGAGGACGCUGACCAUUUUGUGCAGGACCCCAGGCUGAAGCUUGGUGAGACCCCUUGCCCAAGCUGACAUCUCAUUUUGUUUCAAGAGACUUGCAGCAUUUCAGACCCCAGGGCCUGGAGACCCUGUUGUUGGAGAGCCUUCCUAUUUUUGCCUCACAAAAAAACAAGCUGAAGGGCAUUGGGGAUGGAAGGAGCAAGCUCUUUGCCUUUGGCCAGAGUCCUAGCCAUGCCUCCACCCUCGUUCCCUACCUGUGAUCUCCAUAGACAUGCCCACAGGGCUGACAUUCUGAGUGACCAGCAUUUUAACUGACAGUUUGAGUUCGAUAGCCAUAGAGACCAGGUGGGAAGGAGGGGUCCCGACCCCCUGUUCUAGCCAGACGCGUUGGAGUGUAAUCUACUCCAGACACUUCGCUUCCCUCGAAGCGCAGGAUCAGUUCCCAGGGUGCUAAGUAUUUAGCAGGACAGUGUGAAGAUGGGCCGUUUCCCUCAUCCAAGUGGCUGACGAGGUCACCCCAGGUAAUUGGCCCAGGGAUGUUCUCUCCUCCUCUGGUUUCAAAGAUGUGCAAAACAUGGUUUAAAAAACCAUGUCUGGGUCUUCCCUGGUGGCGCAGUGGUUGAGAGUCCGCCUGCCGAUGCAGGGGAGGCGGGUUCGUGCCCCGGUCCGGGAAGAUCCCACAUGCGGUGGAGCGGCUGGGCCCGUGAGCCAUGGUCGCUGAGCCUGCGCGUCCGGAGCCUGUGCUCCGCACCGGGACAGGCCACAACAAUGAGAGGCCCGCUUACCGCAAAAAAAAAAAAAAAAAAACCAUGUCUGAUUCUCAACCUUUUUCUAUUUGAAUAAA